AUGUCUACUUUAUUCGAGGAUUCCUUCAAAACCACGUCUGUGGACUCCGCCCGAUACGACCGGGUCUCACGAAUAACCGCCCAGAGCCUGAAUCAUGACGACAUCCAUCUGACUCUGGAUGUCAAUACAGAGCUGUUCCCCAUGUCCAAGGGCGACGUGGUGACCGUGGCUCUGGCCUCCCAGCUGACCGACAAGGAGACCACCUAUUCUGGCUGGAGAGAACCCAAGGUGGGCGAAAAGAGUCUGGCUGACGACUACGACUACGUCAUGUACGGAACCGUCUACAAGUUUGAGGAGGGCAGUGGAGAGAAGGUCGCUGUUUACGUCUCGUUCGGAGGACUCUUGCUCUGUCUUGAGGGAGGAUACAGACAUCUCUCGUCGCUCAAGCAGGAAAAUGUCUACCUGCUGAUGAGAGCGUAA